GUCAUUUCAGUAUAAUCUAAACCUAAAUCUCAACUGUAAUGAAGUUGACCCAACUCCUAAUUCUAAAUUUUUAAUACUGUCUAAAAUUUUAAUCUCAGAACUCUACAUCAAUAUGAUCACAAUCUAG